AUGAGUUGCCAGGUGUCCAUGUUUAAGGCUUUUUGCUGCCUGCUAGUCAUGCCAGUCAGUAUUGACCCUGCCAAAGCGCACCAUUUCCUGACUAAUUCUCGAGCCAGGAGGAACGUCGACCCAAAAUGGUACAGAGGCACGCCCGACUUUCAGUCCUACUAUCGCUUCUACAAUAGCAUUGGACACAUUGAAGGGAUCUACGAGAUAGACCGAAUCCGGAUGCUAUAUCAACAAAUGCGUCAUUUGGAGCUAACAUACGGGCCAGAUGCCUCCAGUUACCAAAGUGUCAUGGGUGUUCAGACUACCACUGCGGCACCCACGACUACUGCCCAGCCUCCCGAAACUCCCGCUCCUACGCCGGACCCUCUUCAGCACGCUCAGCGUAUCUACCUGUGCCACCCCAAAGAUCCUCUGUGCAAACCACAGAUUGUCUACUUGCCCGCCGGGGCUAUCCCGGUUCUGUGCGACCCGAGACACAACCCCGCGUGCGGGCCCAAGACGGAGGAGGAGAUAAAAGCGGCUGUUCCUCCUCAACUGCCUCCUCCUCCGAAAAAGUCAGCUCCUCCGCCUCCUCCUCCCAUCACUGUUAAACAUAUAGAGUAUGACUGCGACCCCUACUGGGACCCCGACUGUCUCGUCGAGCACCCCCCACGCCCCGCCAAAGUCCCCACCAAGGCAGAGGAAUUCGUUGAAGAGAAGGUGGUGAAAGUGGAUGAGGUCAAAGUUGAAGAAAGUCCUGCCAAGAACUUGCCUUUCUAUGACCCGUACAACUUUAAACGAGACCUUUUUGACCCCUUUCGCUAUGGCAAUCCAGCACCUGAACAGGAAUAA